AUGACUGGCGUAAGAAGAAAGAAAGCACAGCGAAAAAGGCGAGUAAAUACCACUAAAGUCGGAUCAAAGAGAAAGAAGAAGGACAAAAAGGUGAAGGUGUUAAAGUAAGUCAAUUUUCUGUCCUAAAAAGAGACAAUUGGCCAGGGUAUUUUGUAGUUCAAGAUGGUCGCCUUGCACGCACGCGUGUCCAAACAGAUAAUUUUCAACAUUUUGUCUUUUGGAUAGUUUUCUUGUGACUGCAAUUUCUCACUGCCUAUUUCUGGAAAAAUUGAGUAUCAAACAGCUCAAAACCUCUACUGUGCUCUUUAAAUCAAAUACUCGAGAGUUUUCUCGUCGAUGUUGGAUCUGGUUUUGAGGUUUUUACACAUACUGUAUACAGUAUCUUUUCUGAACCUGUUACAAGAUAAGACUGGAAAUUUCGGAUGAUGCUGUGAGUUUGACAUGUACGCACUGAAAUAUAGGAAGUUUUAUCUCGGCUUCUGGAGACAUUCAUGUAUUUAUUCCAUGUCCUAUAAUUGCACUGCAGCCAAACGUUGCGUAAGAACUGGGAUCAGAAGAAAACGCUGAAGCAGAAUCUCCAAGAUCUUGGUUUGGCUUUUGAUGCCAACAAAGCAGUGCCACUUCCAAAAUUAAAAGUUAAGGUGAGUUAUCGGCAUUAUUAGAUAUAAUAUUAAGUUUUAUUAAUGUGUGUGAUACAGCGGAACCCUGCUAUAACAAAGACCCAGUUAUAAUGAAAAACAUCUGAAAGCCCGGCAGAAUUACAGUAAAAUAUGUGGAAACGAAGCCUGCUAUAACAAAAUCCCCUUUAUAACGAAUAGAUUUUGUCAGUCCCAACACACAAUUACCCUGCUGUAACAAAUAUUUUGUCCGGUCGCUCACAGCAGUCAGUAAAAAAAACAGAUUUGAGUAGAAAUCACAGCUUGAUUUAAUUGAAAGUGUUUUUGAAUUUGAUGUCUUGAUUGUCAGCACCUUACACUUACAUUGUACAGUAUCAAAUGAAUAAAAAUAAUGUUCUCCACGUGCAGUAUUGAAUUUUUGGUAAUUGUUAUUUAAUAAAUUACCCUGCUGUAACAAAUAUUAUUGCUGUUAACCAGAUAAUUCAUUAUAAUGGGGUCUUUGCUAUAUGUAAUGAAGACCCCACUCUAACAGGCUUGGCGCACGCUACUGGUGUACACGAGCGUAACACCGUGCCUUAUGCACGAUUCGCGCUCAAGAAAAGGCACGGUUUUUGUGCCAAAGCACGGGAAAAAAACAUGUAAAGGCACAGAUUAGGCACACUUUAGGCACAGUUAAGGCACGUUUUAAAUAUUGCUAAGGCACAUUUUAGGCACAGUUUGGGCACAGUUUUGGCACGGUUUAGGCACAAAUAUUCAACGCUGAGCACUUUUUUGAAAAUCUUUGUAACCCGACUUGCAAAAAAGAACAAACUUGGUGCGAAUUACAAAAAUAACUCAGAUCAAACACGAUGCAGUUAGAAGUAUAGGAAGUGUAAGUUUUGAGCCGCGCCGAAAGUCGGGCAAAUUAAAGUGUUCUUCGACAGUCCGUGUUUACUCCGAGGAUAAAGUGGAAAUUCACACGCGAUAUGUGCGGUCCGAACCUUUUCGAUUGCCAUGCAAUUUUAUAGACUGGCUUUCUUUCGUUUCUAAAAGAAAUCGUGAAAGAAAGUCGAAGCCAUAAUAACAAAAACAAAGCUAAAGAAGUAAGGCACAAUAAUAGCCAGUAAAAGUGGUAGAAAAUACUUUUUGCGAUCGCGGUAAAAUUGGCCUGAAUUUGCAUAACAACAUGAAAAGUGGUAAUUUGAAACCUUCAUGCCAACGUGUGUUGUGUUUUGGUACAAAAUACGGCUGCUUUUUAAAAAUAUUUCUCUUACUAAAAAAGUAGAAUUUACACUUAGUAGUAAAAUAAUUCAAGCUGCUUGUUUGUUUUUGUUUUCUGGCUCUGUUAGCAAAUUAAGCUUUGAUCGUAUAAUAAUCGAUGAGAGGUGCCAAUUUUGCUUCAAAACUCAUCGGCGUGCAAUCAAUUUUUUCGUUUUCAUUUUAUAAGUCAUAUCACAAGUAAAUUCUUUUUUUGAAUGCAAAUCUGCCCUCCUGAAAAAACAAAUAUUUCGUUCCAACUAAACGCUCCGUUACGACGGGGAAAAGAAGCCCACUUGGAAAUUUUUUAACAUCAGUGAAAUUCUUGAAUCGAUGAAAUUAGCACUUAUUUUAAAUACGCUAACCUGUUUAAGAUUCCUUUUUCCUGUUUGUCGGGGGUUUCCCUGCUGUCUCUAACCGUAUUCUGAGUCAUGUUAUUUCUUAUUAGGGGAUAAAAAGGUUGUCAGACCGUGUUUCUAGACUUCGUAAAUCUUAAAACUGACAUAAUUGCCGUGCGCACUUUUCUUUCGCUGUGGAGCUCGAUAGGCCGCACACGAUUUUCCGAGUGAUUCAAUAGUUUGGCACAACUUGUGCACAGAUUAGGCACAGUUUGGGCACAACUUAGGCACAGCUUAGGCACGUUUUUCAAAACUAAAAUGCACACUUUAUGCGCAUCUUAGGCACAUUUUAGGCACAAAACCUUUGUGCCAAAGCACACUCUAGAAUCCGAUUUUCAGUCCAACGCAUGGUUUACGAAUUUUCACGUUAAAAAAUGCUGUCUAACCUUAGCUAUUUGAUCUUAGCAUAAAAAUGGGUUUCCCGAAGUCUUAACAGUUAGUCUAUAAGGAAGGUUUAACUUAUGAGCAUUCCAAAAAUUAUUAUUUCUUCUCUUAACAACAAAAGAAAGUCAAUCAAAAGCAACCUUUUAAAUUGACGUUCGCACUGCACAGAGAUCGGAUGUAGACAGAACAUCUUUCUGAAAACGCCCUAAACUUUGUUGUUUUGCCAUUAUGUUCAGUAAUUUUUAAUACAGUUAGUACUCAUAAGUCACUGACCUCUGUGGAGAAAUUUUUCCAAAGUACCGUUAACAGAAAUAGAGAAAUCCCACAAUAUGCGUGGUUAGACUGUAAAUGUUACGCGAGCUGUUAAAAAAUGGUCCCAUUUUGAGCCAUAUUUUUCAUAUUUUAAUUUUAUUUUGGUCUUACAGCCAAAAAAAAAAUAUUCAUUGAAAAGCUGUUUAUAAACUUUAACUUCUUGCCAAAUAUCGAUGCGAUCUGAGUUUUAAUAAGUUCAUAAGAGCCAAACGAUGUGAGAUUCUUAGCCGUGUACACCAGUAGCGUGCGCCAAGCCAACAAACAAUUUUUUUGGUACCGUGGCACUUCGUUAUAGCGGGUUUCCACUGUAUUAUUCUUUCCUCUGAUUGUGUGUUUCUUGGUGGAAAUCCAAAUCUAUAUUUUUAAUCUAAAACAUCUGCACCAACAGGGGAUUCAUUAGAUUAAAUAAGUAAGUCCAGAUUUUAAGCAUUUAUGAUCCAUCUGUUUCUUAGAGGGGUUGAUGAUAUGUAAUGUAAAAUGUGUAUAUGCAUCUAGCAUUGACAAGCAGUUUUUCUUUGAAAACAGGAUUAUUAUCACCCCACCUUCGCACCCUAAUGUCAUCACUCUAAAGGUACAUUAAAAAUACUUUGAAGAAUGUUUUUACAUUUUCUAUGAUAUUUUUAGAGUCAGCAGUUGGAGGAAACUGAAAAAAUGGAAAUAGAUAAAGAGCCAACACCUGUGAUUAAAGGUAAUGUUGAAAAAAAUGUCUCCAUUUUGUUCAAGCAAUAUUUCAUUUGUUAACUACAGGUAGUUCAGUGUUGAUUACAUUUUAUUGCUUAGAGCGGUUUUCAUUUGAGUGUCGAAAAGUAAUUGGUUUUGCACUUUUUACACGAUGCGAUUGGCUUAAAAGAUUCGCGCCACCUUUUCAUCCAAUCAGAAGUAAAACCAAAGCCAAUUGUGACGCGCUCGCAUGCAUUUUCCCGCGCUUUGCGUCAGCCACAUGUAAUUACUUUGAGUUUUGAUUGGUUCAAUGUAUUGUCUGUGUCCUAUGUGAUUGGCCAGAGUAAUUACUUUGGUGUUGGUUUUACGACACUCAAACGAAAACCACUCUAUUUUUUCAUAUUGAUGUAAACCUUUUGUGUUACUGUCAAGAGCACAAGCAUAUCUGAAACCUUCCAAAAUUAAUAAAAUAUUAUUAACCUGCUAUUUUUUUAUUAAUUUAUAAAAAGCAGCAUCCAUAGCACACAAGCAUUGAAUUUUGUUGCCAUGAAUUAUUAAAGUUGUGAGCAAACCACAAUAGACCUCUUUAGCUUGUAUACAUGUUUUGUUCUCCCAGUACAGGUCACGUGAUAAUACUCCAGAGAACAGUUUCUUUCAGAUUUUGUCUUAGUCACGUGCAUAUCUAUGCAUAAUUUACAAAAAGGUAAAGGGUUAAUUUCCCCUGGGACCUCUAUUGGAAAAAACAAAACAUACAAGCUAAAGAGGUCUAUUGAUUAAAACAAAAUGGAAAGGUCAGGAAAACCAAUUUUUAGUCAUCGCUGUUAUUUUUACCAAUGCUAGAAUUUGAACAAAUAGCUGCAAAUGAAGUCAAAGGUGAAAGACAUAUUUCCCCGGGUGAAGCACAGUUUCUUUGGCAACUUAUUCAAGACCAUGGAACAAACUACAAGGUAUGAAAUUUGAUAAAGACAGCAAGGAUGGUUUUCCUGAAGUUGCAUUUAAAUUCAUAAGUCAUAAAAUUAUUUCUUUAUGAUAAAAUAGCUGCAUCUGCUUCAUUCGUGGGGACUCCAUGUAAAAAAGAUCAGGGUGAUUGUUGGUUACUUUUAUUUAAGCCCCACCCUGAUAUAUGCCAAACUCUGGAAGUCUGGCCUCUGUUGUUAAAAAAGAGAGAAUUGGCACAACCCAAUAGAUAAGUAUCAGGGAAAAUGCAAUUAUUGCAGUUAUUGCAUUGUCCUCUGGACAGAGACAGAGAUUUAACCAGUGGGUAGUGCUAUCCACCCAUUGAACAACUGGGGCCUGAAAUCUCAAAACUUUCUCUUUUUCACCAUCCUCCACCCCCCUCCCCCCAUAAUCAACCAGCCUUACCCCUCACAAGGGGUAGAGAAUGGUAAAUUCAAGACUUUGCAAGACUGCGUGACCUGGGUUUCAAAAUUCGAGACCAAGACUUAGGAAAAAUCGAGAGUCCAAGAUGCAAAAUCACCCAAAAAGGAGACUUUGAGAGCUAUCACAAACGCUUCCGAGAUUUUGAGAUCAGGCCAAAGUUUUCCGAGAACCACAUUUUUCGAAGAACCAUCCUAUACCCCUCUCACACACACAAAUUUGCAGUUGUCAAAUCGCUUCUGUCAUAAAAGAUCUCAAGACAAAAGUACACCGUAUUUUGACAUUGCAGACACUCUGUAAAUACUAUAUUUUGAUUCUGGCUUUGAAGUUAAUUUUUCAAAAGCCAUGUUUAGUGGGAAGAUAUGGUGACCCUGUACAUGUAUGUGGUGGUUUGCCCUCAAUCCAGGACACCUCCAGAUAAUUUGACAGACUUGGCAUCAUUGCCCUGAGUGCAAUGUAUGAGGUUUCAGAAUCAGCAUCUUGAAGGCUUUCAUAUAUAUCAUAUUUGCCUAACUGACUUUCUUUUUUAAAGGUAAAAAAUAAGGAGUCCUUUUUUUUCCAUCAAUAGCUCAAAAUAGUCAUCUAAUUAACAAACCUGAGGCCAACAAUGGGCUCAUACUACCCCCCUCUCUUCAUCAGUGCUCUGUUUUAUGGGUUCUUAAAUCUACUUAAAGCUACACAGAAAGGGAAGAAGUCUUAAGAAGGAUUUGUGCUCACACCUGGCAAUGAACUCAGGACCUAUCGCGCAGAAGGCAGGGAAUUAACCAACUGCGCUAAUCCUUCCUCCUUACAGGCUAUGUCAAGAGACAAGAGAAAUUACUACCAACACACACCAAAGCAGCUGAAGAGGAAAUGUGAGGCAUUCUUAAGUUCAAAACAAGACUUCAGUGGAUGUUUGGAAAAUGUUGGUUAGGGCCAAUGAAAUAUUGUAAAUAGGGACAAAAGUGACUUGAAAGUUAACCUUGAAACUCCAUUGCUGGCCUUCUUACUUAAUUUAAGACAAAUGUUAUUAACAGAAAUUUCCAAUUUUUAUUAAA